AUGGCCAAGCAGUGCAUGGCGAAGCUUAUUAGCGAGCCCCGGCCUUGCGAGGAACAGGACACCUGCUCGAACAUCCUCUUAAUCCUGUGCGAUCUCUGUAUUCGCUACACGUCGCUCGUGGACGCGUAUGCUCUGACUAUUGCGCUGUCGCGGUUGGACAAAGUCGCUUGUUACAAGCACACCGGGCUACUCGAUUACCAUGGAUGCGACUACGAACUUCGAGACGAAGAGGACAGCAUCAUAGAAGAGCUGGCAGAGGUGCUGGCACGGCUGCGCACGAAGGACCCGAUGUCGUUGGAGGAGCCAGUCAUUCGUUUUACGGGCAGUUACCUCGCUCGCCUGUUGAGCGUGCCGUAUGCUCGCGUCCUUGCUCACUGGAGACUUCCCACCAAGUACAUGUGCUCGUCCUUCGCGUUCUUGUGCGCCGCGACUCAGAGCCCCACGCUAAGCCUUCUCUCAGAUUCACGCAUCGGAACCGCUGAACCGUGUCUACUCCUGCCAGACUCCACGCUUCUCGAGGCUCUCGCUAAGCCUUCUCUCAGUUGCAACACUAGGUCCUCGUGA